CAUUAGACGAGAGGAAAACUACACACCAAGAGCAAACACACCAUUUUGCAAUAUGAACCAUAGUCAGAGUUGUUGCUGAUUUCUGCAAAACUUGCACCAUCUUGAACUGCAACAUAAACAUCCUGCAAGUAAACUCAUCCAACACAGUGCAGGCUUUUGAUGCAUCAGAAUUGUUCACCCAUCUGGGUUCUGACCAGAGACUGAUUUCUUAUAUCCGACGUCUUCAGUCACUGUUGAAACAAGAGCAACAAAAGCGCUACGUAUUUCCAUCGACAAACUAUGGCUAUUUGAAAGGACCUGCUUGUGUCAUUGGCAUUAAUUUCUACUAACAAGUCAACCUGAAGUGGUGCGAGAUGGGUGUUAGAGGACUAACAAGUUUAAUUGGUGAGCAUCCAUCGUUAUUCUGCAGGCAUAAGUUACACGAUGUCCGCCUUGUGAUUGAUGGCUAUGCACUACUCUACUUCCUCUAUCAGGAUCCCCCAGCAUGUGAUGAUGGACAUCAUGGGGGUCGCUAUCAACACUUCGCUACCAGGUGUCAAAGCUUCUUUCGUAAUCUUGCCAAGUGCAAUGUGUCCUCGUUUGUGCUGUUUGAUGGAGCCUAUGAGAAAGAUGAUAAAAAGCUUGCUGAGGUUAAGACUAGAUGCGCUGAUAGGGUACGGACAGCUGUAGGUAUUGCUAGUGGCAGCAGUGCAUUAGCCUUUGCCCCUUGUGUUUCCAUGGUGUUGAAGAAGGUACUGGAUGAUUUAGGUAUUCCGUAUGCAUAUUCUAAUUUUGAGGCUGAUGCCGAGACGGCAGCCCUAGCAAAUGCCUGGAACUGUGCAGCUGCGUCACGUGACAGUGACUUCUACAUCCUGGAUUUGAGAGCUGGGUACAUUCCGCUGGACCAUCUUGAGUGGAAAAAUCCCAGACAUGCUGAAGAAUCUAAAUCAAAACCCACAAGCCCUCAUCAGCAAAAAAAGAAAGCGCCACCCUCAGCCAGUUAUUUUUACAUUGACUGCUUGAAAUAUCAAGGCUCUGCAUUCUGUAAGAUGUAUAAAGUCAAACAGUCAUUGCUUCCGGUACUUGCUACUGCAGUCGGGAAUGACUACAAGGAAACUUUUGGUAAGUCAUUGACUGGGUUCCACGGUUUUGUCCACUCUCAGUUCUCAAGAUCCAAAACAAAGAGCAAGAGCUACAAUCAAAUUACAAGUUAUCUCUCUUGGUUGAGCGAGAAGGAGACAAUUGAGGAAGCCGUAAGUGAUAUGAUCAAACAUGAGAGAGGUGCUAGCCGACUACAGCUGAAAAAGCUGAUUGAGGCAUCCUUAGAGAUGUACUCUCUACCUGACUGUCUGGCCAUUGAACAGGUGCUCUCUGGUACAUCUGGUAGAUCAGGUUCCACUCCAAGCAAGAUGGCGAUUUGUGCUUCAAUACCUCAAUGGUUUGUUGAGCUUCUUACCAGGGGCAAGGUAGAGAUGUUUUGUGCAAAUGUGUUGUGCACGAAGAGGGUGUUUCUUCGCAUCCAGGUGGAAGACCCAUCCCAACAAAGCGCUGCAGUGCCAUCUGUUCACAUUAGAUCGGUGGUGUACGGGAUCUUACUUUGGGAUCAGAAGUCUCUUGAUAAAAUACCACCUAUUGUGGAGGAGUAUGCUCAAGGAUCAAGCACCCUAAAACACAUUCUAGUAGAACCAGUCUAUGAGAUUGAUAGAGGUGAUGGAAUGAAAUCGGCAAUUCCUUCCCUCGGAGAUGUUCCUGCAAUGACCGCUUCCGAGCGGAGACAGUUUCUUCUAUCUACUCUUGGGAUUAACAGCUCAAUUAUUGAAGGUAUUCCAGAAUCAUUCCAACUAGCCACUUGUGUGACCAUAUACUUAAUACAUCAUGCGGAGCCCUUGGUUAGUUCUGAUCAUGUUUUAGCUUUAACUGUGAGUUGGCUUCAGGGAGUGGCUACUGCCACUCAAGAGUUCAUCAGCAGACGCCAAAGUACACCCAGCCUUCUACAAAUAGGUCUGAUCAACUCUGAUGUGUAUGCUCUAAUAAAGAACUGUAGGUCACAUGCCAACAAGUACAAGAAAUUCAAGAAGUUUGAUUUGGACCUAGAAGUGACGCACAAAAUGGCACAGUGGCAGCAGUGCUUGUUGGAUGUUGUCAACUUGAACAAAGUCCUGUUGGAACCCUUCCCCAACCCUGACAUGGCUGUGUUGUACAAUGGUCCAUUGAUACACAGUAUCUGCUCUGUUCUUCGUCCAUUGCAAAUGACAGAGCAGUACCAGUUGGUGAUUAGCAUGUUGCUGCAGGGAACACAACGGAGAGUUCCUGCUUUGUUUGAUCGACUCCUGGAACCAACCUGGCCACUGCUUACACCGAGACAACAGAAAACCAUGAAAUCAAGAAGAAGAAAGAGGCCACCUUCAAGAGGUACCUACAGACCACCAUCUAGCACCACUGGACAAGCUGAAAGGACUGAAUCGAGUGUAGGUGGUGAAGUAAGGUAUAACGUUAAUGUUACAAGUAGGUUUGGGCCUCUAGCUAUGGAAUGAAAUAAGAUUGUCAUAGUACUCUACAUACUUGUAUGUUCUUAAAGGUGCAGCACAUAUUCAUGGUGCAUGUGUCUCUAAUAUCAAAAACAUCAAACUAGAUUGAAUGUACAAUGUACAAAUGUUUACAUUGUAGGUUGCGUUUCUUGGUUCACACUGGUUUUCACAUCAAGGUGAUCUUAGUUGUUCCUGCAACAACCUCAGAUUUAUCACUUACUUUGAGGAAUGACCAUGUUCUUAUUUUUCAAAAAGAUACGGUACACCUGUUUCAGCUCAAAUUAUUUUGUUAAAACUUGCUAAAAGUUUAAUUUAAAGUUAUGAAAUCUUUCUUUGUGAUAAAGAAAACUAUUGACACUUGUCAGAUUUCAAUUAAUGUUAGGGAUCUUCCUCAUUCUCGAACAGAAAAUCUCUUGAGGUUAUCCUGUGUACAAUUUGAAUUGCUAUCAGUUAUUGUGUGAAUGGCUUUAGCCACACCUAUACAAUAACAGAUCAUUCAUCCAUGAUCGAGCCCUCUGUUGACAGAUAAUUCUCAUUAAACCUUUCAGACACAAGAUUCAGCAAGAAUAAUUCAAUAUUUUAUGUUUUAAAAGCAUGACUGAAUACAUGAGCCAACAGAUCCAUAUUUACCAGUGGAUCAUUUUUAGCAAGCUAUGCAAGUAAUGAUUUCAUUGAUGCUACUGGAUCAGAACUGAUUUUAUUAAAGCAUCUGACUAUGUGUAUGAAGCAAAUGCAUGAUUUAAG